AUGGCUAUUAUUUCAGCUGUCCAAGAAGCUCAAAAGGAUAACCUCAGAAGUUUUAAUGAUUACAUGUUGAAAGUGUUGGAGAUAGUGUCGAUGACUUCUAGCCCUCAAGCUUCAUCUGGUGCAUCUAGCAUGCAGCUUGUACCUCUUGCUAACAAGCCUGUCCUUGAGAAAAAGGCAGCUGUCUAUGCUGAAGUUGUAAAGAAUCUGAAUGAUGCAAGAGAACGUGGAUUACCAUUUAAACCUGCGACAGCUUUCAAGGGUGCUUAUGAAAGUUUAGGUCUGGAUGCAUCUGGUGGAAAAUCCGUUCAUUUUCAGAAGAUUUGGUACCUUAUUCAGUUUCUUAGCCAUGUGUAA